AUUUGAUAUUAUGUUAUGGUUAUUCUGCCUAACAUUUUUACAGAUGAUUUUAUUAUAGCUGUAAAUGUAUUGCUUAUUUGGCAAAUAAGUCAAAUGUGUAGAAGACUCACACAACAGUGUGGGGGUCUUUUUUCUUGUUGUUUUUAUGAGGGGCGAAGCAUGUGCAUGGCGCGACAAAUGGUUUCACACAUCAUUUUGCAAGCAGUCGGUGGUUUUCUAAAUGGUCUUUUAUAAUAAAACCAGUAACCAGUAACCAAAACUAAAAGUGAGAGGGUUGAAAGCAAGAAUUUUGGGGCGUCGUCUCUUUUGGCGACCCUUAAGCACAGAGAUCUCAAAAUCAAAUCUUGACGGCUGAUGUUUCAGUGGGGUUUUUAGUGCACUUAAGCAUUUAAGUGCUUCAUUCAAUACAUUGGUUGGCAAAGCAGGAUUACUGAGUUAACAGCUCUGUUUACUUCCAGAUUUGAGAGGCCUCUUGGGUUUUACUCCGUUCAGUUAUCCAGCUAACUCAUUAAUCCUGCUUGAUGAUACAGGCCUCUUGUUUACAAGGCCUGAAUUGCUUGCUGAUUGGAAAGACACCACAAAAGCAUGUAUACAUUGUAACUGGCCAGCGCUGCAGUUUCAGAAAUACACGCCAUAGCAUUGCGAGCAUUGUGACAGCUAAGUACUUUCUGUUUGAAUCAAGAGAAAGAGCUUGACUACGGUGUGAUGGUAGCUGACCACAGCCAACCGUAUCACACAGAACCAGUAUAUUCUGGAGGGAAUUUUUUUUAUUUAUUCUUUGUGAUCUGAUUCACUAAACGACAAGUAUAGUGGGUGUAUCCUGGUUGGUUAAAAAAGGCUGCACAUAACCUAAUUCAGUCAUUCAUCGUUGACCGCAAGUCCCAUUGUGAGUUCUAUGGCACACCCAUAGUGACAGUGGAGAGCCCUUUAAGGUGACGCAAAGGUACUUCCGGGUGUCAGCUUUCCGUCGUAGCGACAAGGAACUUAAGUAAAAUCAAAGAUGGCUGACUAAGAGAAUGAAAAUAAACCUGUAGAAAAAUAGAUUAAUAUUGUCGAUUACUUUCCUUUGCUCGUGAAUGGAUUCGGUUUUAAUUGAACAGUCAAAUGUAUAAUUGUAGAUGCAUACAUAGCUAUUUGUGUCUAAAUCAGUGUUUUGAGGUGAGCGGACUGGACCAGCAGUAGUUAGCUCUCGCGUCCCAGCGUUACCUAACUUGCUCAAGCCAUUUAUUUAGCUUGUUCCUAGCUAGCUACUUAUUCAUACGUCUCGUGCGUACAGGUGGAAGAGCUAGGUACCACCUCGCUUUAAAGUCUGACCACAUGCAUAGCUAGCUAGAUAUCUGUUUAUAUGAUUGUGGUAUUUUGUUGGCCAGUUGAUUACAGAAGCUGGAUGGAGGUGUUAUAAGAGUGAUAUUGAAAAAUUCAGCUGUUGCAGUAAGUAGCUACAACGUGGGAUUCGGGUGGGGUCGUUCGUUGUUCAGCUGGCUGGCUGGCUGUUGUAGGCAAAGCUAAGGGAACACGGUUCUAAUCGAAAAAGCAUACCGGAUCUUACAAAUUCAACUGGAUUUUUAUAAACCCUGAACAAAAACAAUAGACACCAUGGACACGAAACGACGUAGCGGGAAGACUGGUCAAAGCAGCAGCAGCAGCAGCAGCAGUAGUGGCGAGUCAAGCGGCAACAGCCCCGGGUCUCCUGCCAGUCCGUUGGAGGUCGGGAAAGCUGCUGGCGGCGGCAACGCAUUUGCGAACGACGGCAGCUUCAUGGAAAUGUUCAAGAAAAAAAUGGAGGAAGAGAAAAGAAAAAAGGAGAUGGAACAAGCACAGAGCGAUACGAACACUAACGAGGAGGGGCAGUCGACACAGGAAAAGAAGACAUUUAGCGUGACCAGCUUUGUGGGCAAGCGGAGAGGCGGCGCCAAGUUAGCCCUCAAGACUGGGAUGGUUGCCAAGAAACAAAAACUGGAUCCCGAGGUUGAGGCUGGUAAAGGAGAUGCUUGGACUAAAUACAUGGCGGAGGUCAAAAAAUACAAAGCCCACCAGUGUGGCGACGACGACAAAACCAGACCGCUGGUGAAAUAGACUUGAUCCUCGUUUCUACCCUGUUUGGGGGUGCUGCACCGGGAAGCGGGACGAUUCCUUUUAAAAUGUCUGGCUUUCACCUCUCAUUGCAAAACAAAGGAACGGACGGACAAUGAUCUCGUCUUGCAUAUGCAUCUGACCAAGUGUAGACCCUGGGUGUUUAUUUUCAACUGAAUUGGGAGUUGUUUUUGUAUCUUUAAAACAAUCUUUUGUGUAUUUUACUUUUUCAUGUUGGUGCAGCCAUAGUUGAACGUGAAUUUAAUGAUAUAAAAAUACCUUACAUUUUCUUUUUCUCUUAAUCAUUUAGUGUUAAUAGCUUAUUUGCUUAAUUGUAGAUUCUGUGCCGUGUCUUGCUCAGUUGACGUUUUUACUAUUUUUGUUCAGAUCUGAUAAAUGGUGUAACCAUAAUUAUUGUGAAGUAAAAAAACAAAAGAAAAAGAA